GUGAGUUAAAGAGAGAUGGGGAAUAAAAACAAGACAGAUUUAAAAUUUAAUGUGAUCUUUUUCCUCAGUGCCAUAGUUGACACCCUGUCCAAGCACAACCCGUCCAUGGUGUCCCAGGUCCAGACGAUGGUGUCGGAGCUGCGGAGAGUGACCCUGCUGUGGGAGGAGCUGUGGUUCGGCGCCCUGAACCAGCACCACGGGGACAUCACGCGCAGAAUCCACCAACUGGAGGACGAGGUGAAGCGCGUGCUGAGUAACACCACACUGAGCCACGAGGAGAAGUCCGCCAUCAUACUGGAGAAACACAACGCCAUUCUCAAACCUACUGUGUUCGCCAUGGAGCAUCUGAAGGCCAUCACGGACCAGCCAGGAGAGACGCCACACGAGCGAUGGUUCCAGGACACUUACGAGAAACACAUCGAGGAGGCGCUGAACAAACUGAAGAACCCUCCCAACCCCAGCACCCCUCAGAACUCGUGGGUCAUGUUUAAACAGGUGGGAAGUUCACACUUUACCCUCCCAACCCCAGCACCCCUCAGAACUCGUGGGUCAUGUUUAAACAGGUGGGAAGUUCACACUUUACCCUCCCAACACCAGCACCCCUCAGAACUUGUGGGUCAUGUUUAAACAGGUGGGAAGUUC